AUGAGCUUUCGGCCUUUGCAUUCCUCUUCUUCUCCCAACACUUUCCACUCUAGACCUUUUUCGCCACCUGAUGAAAGCGGACAGAGUCCAGUCGAACUGACAGACCUUACAAUACACACAGACAUGGGUCGUAUUGACGGCUACCGCGAAGCACCCUCGCCCGACCAGCCGCUGCUCCGCAGCGAGUUCUCCAGCAUAGCGUCGCGCGAGAGCUCAAGAGAAUUUAGCGAGGAAGGAUUGGCACAGCACCGUGCAUCGACGGCAUCGGCCGAGGAACUGACGGACUUUGAGCAGGCGUGGGGACAGAGACGUUACGGCUACCAAUUCCUGGCGCUGGUAAGCAACCGCUUUGCGGGGGAGCUGGCUAAGGGCUUAUCGUAG